GGGACUUUCCCCGCGCUUUGACAAAGACAAAAAAUUUUCCUUUCCAUUCCUUAUUUUCGUAGUAAUGGCAAAUAUAAAGAUAUCCCUGCAAUUGGCACCCAAUAAACCUGCCAGGAAAUCCGCUAAACCUGCUGCAGCUUGGAGGGCCGCCACAGCCAAGAAACGCGCUACCGCAGCUGGGCGUGUGAAGAAGCGAGUCGCAAAGAAGCCUGCCGCUGCCAAAAAGGUUGCCACCAAGGCUAAGCCAAAGGCUAAGGUUGCCACCAAGACUAAGCCAAAGGCUACGGUGUCUACCAAAGCUAAGCCAAAGGCUCAGGUUGCCAAGAGGGCUGCGGCUUCCGCCAAAAACAGUGCCACGUUUAGCUCAACGUCUUUUAAAGCCAUGAUUUUAUGUAAACAUAAUAAGCUUUCAUUGAAGAAUACAACAAAAAGAUAAGUUUAACGGCA